ACAUUUACCGCGUUUACUUCACAUCGUAGAACCUGUAAACAAAAGCAUGUCAUUUUAAUGACCCUUACUCAUCCAUCCGGCUACGUGACAACUGGCAACAGACAGAGAGAGAGAGAGAGAGCUGCGUGGAGAAGAAAGGUAAAGCGACAGCAGUGAAAGAAGUGGGCCGAGCUCUGAGGUCACUUCAUUUCUCCAGAGCGCACGAUCAGUGAACACACAGAACAGGAUUAACUUAUCUCCACUUCACCAACCUCGAAACACCAACACACAAGCGCUGCUUUUAAUGGAGGAAUACGAUUACUACGAGGAUGACUCCAGCUUCAAUGACAGUUACGAUUACAGCGCCGAGCACUCCGUCUGUGACAAAGAGGCUGUUCGCUCUUUUGCAGGCGUCUUCCUCCCGGCCAUCUACACCGUCGCUCUUGUGGUUGGCUUAGCUGGGAACGGCCUGGUAGUUGUAGUCUAUGCCUCGCCCUUACGGCGGCGAACACUGACUGAUGUGUGCAUCUUGAACCUUGCCAUUUCCGACUUGCUGCUGCUGCUCACCCUGCCGUUCUGGGCGGCCGACGCGGUCCAUGGCUGGAUGUUGGGAACAGCAGCCUGCAAAAUGACCUCCUUCCUCUACAGCACCAAUUUCAGCUGUGGCAUGCUGUUCCUGGCGUGCAUCAGCGUGGACCGUUAUUACGCGGUAGCCCAUAACACAACAAGACGAACAUGGACAAGCCCUCAGGUAAGGAGACAGCGGCUUGUGGUGUGUGUCGUCUUGUGGGCUGCAGCUGGUUUCCUUGGCCUUCCUGAACUCGUCUUCUCCAGGACGAAGCAUUCACAUCACAGAAUCAGCUGCACUGCUUUCUAUCCUCCUGACAUGGCCCGACCUGCAAAAGCUGCUCUGGAACUGCUCGAAGUAAUCCUCAGAUUCUUGGUACCGUUCCUCGUCAUGGUAGUGUGCUACUGCUGGGUGGGGCGGGCGCUGACUCGUGCAGAAGGAAUUCGGCGAGACAGAAAGUGGCGCGCCCUGCGGGUGCUGCUGGCUGUGGUGGCUGUGUUCCUGAUCACCCAGCUGCCCUACAACAUGGUCAAGCUGUGCCGAGCACUGGACGUCAUCUACAUCCUCGUGACGGACUGUGACACCAGCAAAGGUCUGGACCACGCCCGCCAAGUGACAGAGAGCUUGGCGCUGAUCCACGCCUGCAUCAACCCCAUUCUCUACACCUUCUUUGGAACUACAUUCAAAGGACAUGUCCUCAAGGCUGCCAAGCAACUCGGGCUGUGGCUCGGGAGACACCCGCAACCCGUCAACGAGGAGCCGGCGGUGGAAAUCGCACUCAACACACACACUCAGAAACACUCGCAGUCUGAUUCAGAAGACCAAGACACCAGCACCUUUACUAUUUAAGACUCUAAACCUUCAUCUAAACACCUCUGUAACUUUUUAUUUACGUAUAUAUUCAUGUACAUAUCUUAAAUUAUCUAUGACUUUAAUAUAAUACAAAAUGGACAUUAAUAACAUUCUCAGCUUUGUAUCAGUGUAAAUACUGUUAGUUUAUAUGCGCUAGGCACAGAGUCUCACCAACCCUGCUCCUGAAGAUCACCUUCUCUGCAUGUUUUCCAUUUGUACCUGCUGCCACCAGCUGAUUAGUCAAACCUGGAGAUUCCUAGCUCUUAAUAUGCUGAGCACACAUGACUUAUUAGACCUCCAGGAGCACCAUUGGUGGCCCCAGUUGUAGAAGAUUCUCUAUGUGGUACUCGAACUUUGAUGCAUGGUGCCAUUACUCAAGAUUUAAGCCAGGUACAGCGAGUACAAAUAAUAACAUGAGUACAGUUCUCGACUCAUGGCAUAAAGAGAACACACUGCAACUUAUGCAAGUAUUUAUUUUAAUCACCAUAUUUUCUGGAGUAUACGUUACAGGUUUUUUGUUCAUUUUUACUAGUUUGGGAAGCCCUGUGACGUAUACACUGGUAUGACUUGUACUCUAGAAAACACAGUAAUUAAAAGGCUUGCAGAGCUCUUUUGAAAUAAAAAAAUUUCAAAAUUAUUAAAUAAGAUCUAUUUGCAUUUUGCACUAAAACCUACCAGAAGCCCAACAAUAUCUGAAUUGUGCAUAGGGUUUGUAUUACUGUGUUAGGUUUUAUAGGACUACAUCUACAACAGUGAGUUCUCCUCAAUUUAUUCCCCUCUGAUCCACUUAAAAUAGCUCACUAAGACCUUAAAUUCAAUGCAGUAUAAACCAUGUUUACCAAUUGCAGCAAUAAUUAGUUUCCUUCUCGUGUGAGAAGCAGGUUUUCUUAAGUAAAUCCUUCUCUGGUCCACUCCCCCACAAAACUGUAUUCACUGGUGAAGCAACAGGCAAAAGCUACACGUGCCCAAAUCACUGCCACAGUAGCCGGUCACUCCUUCACAGUCAUCAAAGGUGUCUUGGUGGCUUUCCUUGAUAAUCUCUGUUAAUCCCCAAAAUGUGAAUCUGUUGCAAAUCGUGAAUUAUCCGCAAACCGUGAAUUACAAAACAUGAAUACUGAAAAAUUAUCUCACGAAACGUGAAAAUCAUUAAUGGAGCAAACUACAAGAACAAGACAUAAAAUGCGUACAUUUUCCAAAAUAUAUUCAACUAAUCAACAACUCAUGCACUUUUUUGUUAAUUUUACUAUUUAUUCUGCCAUGCUAAAGCCACACUUGA